CGACACUAGCAUAUGGUCCUCAUUCAAUGUCAACAUUUGAGUCUGCUAAAAUUUUAAUAGAUCAAAAUUGUCCAGUUUACUGAGAUUAUUGUUGAAAUAAAGGAAUGAUUUAAAUUUUCUGAAAACAAGUUAAUAAAUGUUAGGCGAAAUUGACAUUAAUAAUCUUUACUUUUAGGUAUUUUACAAAAAUAAUCCCUACUGGAAGAGUUUUUUCCCGGAAUAAUGCUAAUUAAAUAAACAAUUCCCGAAAUACUGUCGAGUUAAUAAUAAUUCCCAAAAUACUGUUGGAAUUAACCACGGUUAACGAAAACACCACUUGAAGUGGCGGCUCUUGUAUUACUUCAUAAAAGUUGCCACUUCAAGUGGCGGCUCUUCUCCUGUAUCACAAAAGUUGCCACUUCGAGUGGCGGCUCUUCUCCUGUAUCACAAAAGCCGCCACUUCGAGUGGCGGCUCAUUAAUUCGCAGAAAACGCCCCUUCUUCCCAGCCGACGAACACAGACGACAAAACACCUCCUUCCCUCUGCACGAACGACGAACGACGAACAAGGUGCGAACGAUUCCAAUUCCGGCCGGAAUGCCUCCAAACGAAGCUCAAAUCAAACGCAAAAGAGACACGGUGUACCCAAGGUCGUUUGUGCUCCAUUCUACCGCCUUUUAAACGUUUGAAUCGAGGGAAAAGAGACACGGUGUACCCGAGGUCGUUUGUGCUCCAUUCUACCGACUUUCAACUGUUUCAAUCGCGAAUAUGUCUUCAAACUUCUCCAUUGUGUGUCAUUGGGGAGGAAAUAUAACCGAGGAGUCGAACUGAAUUCGUUAUGAAGGGGGGAGUCGGAAGAUAAUCGUUGUUUCCUGUGGGGUGGAUGUGGCUGCGUUAAUGAAUAAAAUUUAUACCGCCACAUCCAUCAAUCGUAUAAACAAGUUGGAUUUGAAAGUUAAAUAUCCCAUUCAUGGUGGGUCAUACAUGUUGAUGCCUCUUGCUGACGACGAAGCCGUUACGGGGAUGUGGACCUUGAUCACGAAUCUUGCUAUGCAUACCAUGUAGAUAUAUGUUGAAGAAAUGACUGUGUUGCUCAUACAACCUGACAACUUGUCAUUAUCUUACCCAUCCACAAGUGUUCCAGUUGUGAUGAAUAUGGUUGCACAAGAGAAUGGAAGAUACGUGAACAGUGAUUCAACGUUUCUGGAUUCACAGCACAUCGACGAUGGUGCAUAUGAAAAUGUGAAUCAUGACACACUAACAGAUUCAGAUGAAGAUGGUGGUGAUCUCGUAAGUGGCAAUGCUCCAUCCAACCACUACACUAAAGUUUAUGAGCUCCCUGCAGGAUUUGAUGAAUCAUGGAGGGGUUGUACAACUUCCAGUCGCUUCUCUGCAGAUGGUAAAUUCGAGGUUGGGCAAGAGUUUGAUGAUAAGAAACAACUGAUUAACAUGGUUAGAAUGUACUUUGUAAAGAGGAAUCGUUUUUUCUCAGUUGUAGAGUCUGACAAACACAAAUGGGUGGCAGAGUGUACAAACACAAAUGAUGAUCAUGUUGACUUAUGAUCUUUGUAUUUAUAUUAUUGUGUGAGAGUUGUAACAUGCACUGGCAAAUAGAAUCAUUUUGUGAA